AUGGUGUGCGAACCGGUUUUUAAUGAGAUUGCCCUCUCAUGGAUCCCAGUUGACGUGAAAGCCACUGUUCCAACAAACGCGGUUGAAGCAAAACCCGGAUUGUACAUAAUCCGAGCCCGUCAUGAAUCGGAUAUAAUCCCAGGUAAAUGGUCCGGGACCACACCUGAAGCAUCUGUAUCCUACGGAGGUGAAGAAUUCUCAGUUAUCGAAUUCGAAGUAUUGUGCAACACGUCCGUCUUCCGACAUCGCCCACCGUGA